AGCCCAGAAGCUCAAUCUUUACUCUCAAUACCUUUUGAAACCUUUUGUUUUGCCUCUAUUCUAAACCAUUACUUUGGGUUUUUUGUCAUAAACCGAAAUCUCUUCAUUAAUCGGAUAUUAUUUUCCCUACAUAUUUACCUUUAUAGUUUCAUACGACACGGGACAGCACACAUUUGAACCACAGACAGGAUAAGAAAUGGCCUCUGCUUCUUCCUGGUGUGAGGUAAACUUUUCAUGUUCCAUCUGUCUGGAAGUGUUCAAAAGCCCAGUUUCUACACCAUGUGGACACAACUUCUGUAGAACCUGUAUUACAAAGUUUUGGGAUGACCAAGUCCAGUACAAAUGUCCUGUUUGUAACCAGAUUUUCCACACAAGACCUGAUUUACAGGUUAACACCUUCAUAUCAGAGAUGGUUAAUCAGUUCAGAACCUCUGUACCAGUCAAAGAGCAGCCUUGUGUUGGACCAGGAGAAGUUCCCUGUGAUGUCUGUACUGGGACCCAGCUGAAGGCUGUGAAGUCCUGCCUUGUGUGUUUUAUCUCUUACUGUCAGACGCACCUGGAGCCUCAUCAGAGAGUCGCAGGCCUGAAGAAACAUCAGCUGGUCGAGCCUAUGGACCGUCUCGAAGACAGGAUGUGUAAUAAACACUAUCAACUUCUGGAACUCUUCUGCCAGACUGAACAGGUGUGUGUGUGUCUGUUGUGCACAGAGAUGGACCACAAUUCCCAUCCUGUUGUACCCCUAAAGGAGGAAUAUGAAGUGAAAAAGGCCCAGCUGGGGAAAAUAGAGUCUGAGGUCCAGAAGAUGAUCCAGGAGAGAAAACAAAAAAUUCAGGAGAUCAAAGACACAGUAAAAUGCAGCAGAGCUGACGCAGACCGAGUCAUAGCCAAUGGUGUCCAGGUCCUCAAUGCUUUGACAUGCUGCAUUGAAAAGUGCCGCGCUGAUCUUACCCAAACUGCUGAGAAACUGAAAUCCACAGAGAAACAAGCUGAAGGCCUCAUCAAAGAGCUAGAGCAGGAAAUAGAAGAGCUGACCAAUAGAAGCUCAGAAGUGAAGCAAUUCUCACACAGUGAAGACCACCUCCACUUCCUCCAGACCUUCAUGUCCCUGAAGGAUCCUCCACCCACUAGGGACUGGACGACAGUGGAGGUCAGUCAUCCGUCCUACGUAGGGAUCUUGAGGAGAUCCAUGGAUCAGCUGGAGGAGACACUGUUAAUGGAGUUAAAGAAGCCGCCUGUCUUGAAAUCAGCAAAAACUGAAUAUGCCUGUAAACUCACACUGGAUCCAAACACAGCCCACAGAAGACUCUCUCUGUCCGAGGACAACAGAAAGGUGGAGGUGGUUGGGAAGGAUUAUAGUGAUCACCCAGAGAGAUUUGACUCCUUUAGCCAGGUGUUGUGUAAAGAGGGUCUGACUGGCCACUGUUACUGGGAAGUAGAGUGGAAAGGACGUGUUUCUAUAGGAGUGACAUACAGAGGAAUCACAAGGAAAGGAAGGAGUGAUGUAAGCAGGCUUGGAGGGAAUAACAAGUCCUGGAUACUUUAUUGUGAUGAUGAUGUUUACUCAGCCUGGUACAAUGGUACAAAUCCAGCCAUACGUGUCCGCCCCGCUGGCUCUAACAGAGUAAGAGUGUAUCUGGACUGGCCUGCUGGCACUCUUUCCUUCUACAGAGUGUCCCCAGAUGUAGGAGGGUCCUCCUCAGACACACUGACACACAUCCACACCUUCAAGUCCCCCUUCACCCAUAUCCUCCACCCUGCGUUUGUGUUAGGGACUGAUUCCUCAGUGUGUCUGUGUCGGUUGUAGUAACACACAAACACACACACAUAUGUAUAUAUAUAUAUAUAUAUAUAUAUAUAUAUAUAUAUUAGAGCUGUCAGUUAAACGCGUUAUUAACGGCGUUAACGCAAACCAAUUUUAACGGCGUUAAAAAAAUUAUCGCGCGAUUAACGCAAAUAUUCUUAUUUAUUUUUUCUUUGGCUCAAAACAAAGAAGCAGUAGCCUGACUGCUAUGUUCAAAUGACAUUUGUUCAAAGCAGUCGUUUAAUUGCACUAUAGGCUCUUUUUUUGUAUCGUCCUGUUUUGAUCAGUAUAUGGCAAUGUUGUUAUCAAUAAAAAAUCAUUUGCACAAGACAAGCCGAUGCACUUCACCAUGUUGAUAAGAGAAUUAAAAUGAGAAGAAUUAUGGGACAAAAAAAUCAAGGGAUAUUUAGCAUAGAAAAAGAAUUUGCGAUUAAUCGCGAUUAAUCGUGAGUUAACUAUGACAUUAAUGCGAUUAAUCACGAUUAAAUAUUUUAAUCGCUUGACAGCUCUAAUA